UUGCAACCCUGGUUAUUACAAGCCACACAAACUUACAAUCAAACACAGACCAACCGAUGACAGAUCUAAGCAUCAGUGGACAGCAGGUGCUACCUCCACCACCACCGCCACCCACGAUGCCGGAACCCUUCAGGAUCACAACGAACGCCCCACACCAGAUGAACGAUGUCACUUUGACGCCUGGAAGGAGAAAGCUUCAGAAAUGGUUGGGUCGUGUUCUCCGUAUUGUAAUAACCGAUGGACGCGUCCUCGUGGGAUUCUUCAACUGCACGGAUCGGGAUGCCAACAUCGUGCUGUCCAUGUGCGCCGAGUACCUAGUAGAAGGCCAAGAGCCCCGCCUCUUGGGAAAUGUCAUGGUGCCCGGCAAGCACAUUGUAUCCCUUAACAUUGACGAUCCAGAUCCACAGUCUAGUCUUCUGGUGCAAUAGCUCUCAGUCUGCGUCCAGAUUAUUUUAUGUUAAUAAAGCUAUAGAAAUAUA